AUGGCCAAUAAUGGUAACGGAAGUGAGUCAUCAGUCAGUGGAACUGAAUCGAUGGAAAGAGCAGUUUCUAGCUUUUUGAAAGCCUUGCAGAGAAACAUCAACAAUGGGAUGCCAGAACGACGAGAAGAGCCGGUUAUCAUCAAACAGUUCAAGGAUCUAAAACCCACCACAUUUAUCGGCGGCCUAGACCCAAUGGUAGCAGACGCUUGGUUAAUCCUCCUUGCAUAUGAUAUUCCAUGGACCAAUAAUGUCACCUUGAAUGUUAAGGAGAUCACCAGGCCAAUACCAAAAGAUCUUGGAAAACUUUUACGUCUUCAGGAUGUUUUAGAAUAUAUUGUUGCUGAUGGCAAUCUUCUCAAAGGUUCAUUGCCUGACUCCAUAGCCAAUCUCUCCACCCAUAUUAGCUACAUCUCUAUAGAAGGAAAUCAAUUCCAUGGAAGAAUUCUUUCAGGAAUUGGGAACCUCCUUAACCUUACUGUCUUUGAUAUAGUAAAUAGUUAUCUUACUAGCCCUAUUUCCACUGAUAUUGGAAAGCUGUCUAAAUUGCAAGGGUUGAAUUUACAGGGGAACAAAUUCACAGGACUACCUCCUUCACUUGGUAAUUUAACAUCAUUGAAUAUUCUCUCAUUGGGACAAAACACUAUCCAUGGAAGCCUACCUCCAAAUCUUGGCAAUUGUCAUAACUUGUUAGAAUUAAAUCUUUCACAUAAUAACCUCUGCGGUUCAAUACCACCUGAAAAUAUGAAUCUCUCUUCCAUUUCAAAAUCCUAUAGUUUAGCUCACAAUUCUUUGACUGAUUCUAUUCCAUCAGAAGUUGGGAAUUCAUUUGAAGGCCAAAUACCUCAAAGUUUAAGAGAGCUAAGGGGUUUACGAGAGUUGGACCUCUCCUGCAACAAUUUAUCGGGGUUGAUCCCAAGUUAUCUAGAAUUGAACCUUCCCCCUUGCCCGUCCACAAAGUCAAAGGAUAUUAAGUUAUCUUACAAGAUGAAAGUGAUAUUGUUUAUGGUGAUUGCUCUUGUGAUAUGUGCAACUUUUGUGGAAUUCCAUGGUAAUGAAUUUAAAGCCAUAGUAUAUGAAUUUAUGGCCAUAGGAAGCUUACAUAAAUGGUUGCACCCAUAUAGAGUUGCAGAACAAGAGCAACAAGAACACAAAAAACUUAAAUUGAUAGAGAAACUGGACAUUUCCAUUGAUAUUGCUUGUGCACUUGAGUAUCUUCAUUGUGGUUGUGGGUCAACAAUUAUUCAUGGUGAUCUUAAGCCAAGUAACGUUCGUCUUGAUGAUGAGAUAAUGGCCCAUGUUGGAGAUUUUGGGUUAGCAAAAUUUAUUUCUGUAGCUUCGAAUGAUGUAUCACAAAGUCAAAGUGAUUCAAUUGGAAUAUGGGGAACCAUAGGCUAUGCUGCUCCAAAGUAUGGCAUGGGCGACAUGGCUUCCACACUAGGGGAUGUAUAUAGCUUUGGGAUUCUUUUACUGGAGAUGUUUAUAGGUAAGAGACCAAUUGACAAUAUGUUUAAGGAUCAUCUAAAUCUUCAUAACUUCGUUAAAGAAGCUUUACUUGACCAAGUGAUGGAGAUUGUGGAUCCCUACAUCCUAUUGAAACACAACACAAGUAGUUGGAUCAGGGAUUGCAUGUUUGCCAUUAUGAGAAUUAGGGAUGGAUGUUCAAUAGAAUCGCCAAGAGAUCAAAUGGAAACAGAAAGUGUUAUUAGCGAAUUGCAUAAGAUCUAA